CCGCGACCGCAGCGGCCACGGCGACUGAGUGAUUCUGGUGCGAUUAGUGAAAAUAAGCCUACAUUCCAGGGAUGCAAGAGGAGCAACAGCCGGAGGCUGCUGCAGACCCCAUGUCCUCCUCGGAAGCCCCAGACGAUGGCCCAAAGGAAGCGGCGAGUGUGUCGCAGAAUAUCUCUGAUGCUGAUGCAUUUAAAAUCCUUCUGGAGAUGAAGAUGAAGAAGAGGCAGAAAACACCCACCUUACCAAGCACUGUGACUGAGCUUGACACAGAAGAUGGGUCAAAAGUCUAUGUGGUUGGAACAGCCCACUUCAGUGACAGCAGCAAAAAGGAUGUAGUGAAGACAAUACAAGAAGUGCAGCCUGAUGUAGUUGUGGUGGAGCUGUGCCAGUACAGAGUUUCUAUGCUAAAGAUGGAUGAAAAGACAUUGCUAAAAGAAGCCAAAGAAAUAAAUCUGGAAAAACUUCAACAAGCUAUAAAACAGAACGGAGUCAUGUCUGGGUUGAUGCAGAUGCUGCUUCUGAAGGUGUCUGCCCACAUCACGGAGCAGCUGGGCAUGGCCCCAGGCGGAGAAUUCAGGGAGGCUUUCAAAGAGGCUAGUAAAGUACCUUUCUGUAAAUUUCAUCUUGGAGACAGACCCAUCCCUGUUACUUUUAAGAGAGCAAUUGCUGCUCUUUCUUUCUGGCAAAAAGUCAAGCUUGCUUGGGGCCUUUGCUUCCUAUCUGACCCAAUCAGUAAGGAUGAUGUGGAGAAAUGCAAGCAGAAGGAUUUGCUGGAGCAGAUGAUGGCAGAAAUGAUCGGCGAAUUUCCCGAUCUUCAUCGCACUAUUGUCUCGGAACGAGAUGUUUACCUGACCUACAUGUUGAAGCAAGCUGCAAAGCAGAUAGAACUACCUCGAGCUUCAGAAACUGAACCUAGACAGUACAUCCCAUCUGUUGUGGUGGGUGUCGUUGGGAUGGGCCACGUACCUGGGAUUGAGAAGAACUGGAACUCUGACUUGAACAUCCAGGAAAUAAUGAGUGUGCCUCCUCCAUCAGCUUCCAGUAAGAUCUUCAGAUUUGUCGUAAAAGCGACGGUUUUUGGACUCAUGGGCUACGGCUGCUACCGAAUAGGCCGAAGGACAGUGCGGCUCAUCCUGUCGAUGCCUGCAGCACAGAGCUACCUUCAGAAGCUGACAGAGCUGAGAGCCCAGCACUGACCAUCGGGCAGAGGCCGAGCAGGGGGCUGCACGGGCUGCGGCAGGAACAGGACACACGGAGCGCGCUGGAAGAGCAGGGAGAGGAGCAGGAUUCAAGUCGGAGCCGGGUGGUGCUCAACAGAGCUCAAUUACUGUGUAAUAAAGUGUUGAUGCUGAAAGCUACACCAGCUAUGAUGUAAUGAGUAAGUUUGGUUCUUGGUAAGUGUAUUGCAUGAAAGCACAUGACUCUGGAGUGAGGUAAAUGAAAUACACACAAAUAUAUAAUAUAUAUACAAAGACGUGCUGUAUAUAUAAUAUAUAUUAGGAAUGGUGUGGCACAGACAGCUUGAAGAGCGUGUGCUCGUGACUCUGUCAGAGGAACAGAAACAGAGCAGCUAAAUUGGGUGCAUCUGCUCAGAAGUCAGGUCCACCUGUCUGCGUGAUUUUUAGGUUUUUUCCUUAGGUAUGGUAAUACCUAGUAGUAAUUUCUGGUGCCAGGCACUUUUACACCUGAUUUAGAAGGACAUCUGUCCGUAAGUGUUUUAUACUUAAAACACGCUUUUUAAAAGAAAAAACCUUUAGAGCUUUCCAGGCUGUCAUGCAAACACUGCUCACAGGUUUCACAAGCCUUACUGCAAAGCAGAAGUGUUGCCUUCGGCUGAGCUCUCCUUCCCCUGCCUUGUGUCACGGGGCAGCGUGGCUGGUGUCACAUGUUUACAGGACACUCUGUUCCUCUAGAUUAGGUUAUUUAAUCUGUAUUAGUUAGCCCAAUCCUGCUGGAAUCAGUGUUGUAAAUUUAAGAGACUAGAACUACUGUACGACUUGCUUUUGUUUCUCAGACCUUUCAUUACUGGGACAAGAAGCCUGGAACUGCCCCUCAUUUUUGAUACAUGGAAAUACCUUAUUUAUCAGUAUAAUUUCUCAGUGGAUAAAUAUUUUAAUCUAUUUGCUAUAAAAUGGAAGCUCAACUGAAUUUUUCAAACUAGCUGUAGUGUUUUCUUUUGGCUCCUUGCUAUUUAUACAAAGAAUUAUGGGUACUUCAAGCUGCUGUGAUAUUUUUCUCAUUUUGUUUUCUAUUUUAUUUUGUCAGGACAACUGUUAUCCAUCUCUCAUUUUUCUUUCUAAAAUCCUAGGCUAAUAUUGAAUGGGAUUUGGGGGUACCUUGGUACAGGCCCGUCCUUGGUUGUAAAGUGCCCUCUGCAAUCAGCUGGUCGCAGUCCAAGAGUGCAGAUAACCGUCACAUCCAAACCCUCAGGCGAUGCCGGGAUGCUGUUUGCUCCUCAGGCUCCCGUGCAAUUGCUGAUUGCCUUCAGUUCAUAUCUGUAUUAACCUCUGGGGAGAGGGUGUGUGAAGCAGGAGGAAGAGUCCUGGUUUCAUAGUUUCGUGAGGGGGUGGCUUCCAACUUCUUUCAAUGAAAUCCACACACCGCUUUGCCUGGUGGCUGAAUUCCCAAAGCCUUGUGUUGGAAACGCUCCCACACAGUCCGUUUGCCAAAAGGACGUGCGUGCAUCUCCAGCCUUGUCCUUUUUCCAAGGCUUUUGUGAUAGAAGGGGAGGUGCUGCCGCCCUGGCCGACUCUGCUGCCCCUGCACCCCGGGGCUCCUGGAGCUCCCAGCGCGGCGGCCACUGCUGCCUCUCUGUCUCAAAGCCUCCUCUCCAACCUGGCCCGAGCCUGCCGAGCUCCUAAGUGCUUCCGUGCUCCUCUCCAUCAGGGCCUUAACGCUUGUGCAGGGAAAAGCUUAGCGGAAAAGAACAGCAGCGAUUCCCGCUUGGACACUAGGUGUAGUUGGUAACACGGAGCACUGUGGAAUCAGCACCUCUCUCCUCUCAUUCUCCAUCAGUUAGUGCUUGAGAAAAAAAGCAGACCCCUCUGGCAGGAUCCAAAGCAGCAGCAUUUGGAAACAAUUUGUAGAAACUAGGGCAGCUGCCUGAGUUUUGAUUCCGUUUUUUGUUGGGUUCUUUUUGGGGGGGUAAAGGUUUAAUAUAUUGUUUACUACUAAGUGGUCCUAUUGGAGUAAGUGGGUUACAUUUUGUGUACAUUUUCUAAAGAUGAAAGCAAAAGCUUAAGCUCAUUCCUCUCCUGGCUUUACUGACACACCAAAAGAUUUUUUUUUUU